CUUUUUCCCUUCUUUCUUUUAAAAAAAAAAAUGUCUGUUGUUACUAAACCAUGGUUUAAGAAAUUUAAACCUAUUCAAGAAUGGCAAUAUUUAAAAAUAAAAAUCUGGUCAGAUGAAGAUCUCGAUGUAGAAAUUACAGAACUCUCAUUUCGAAUGUCAAUUCAACAAGCUCUUCAAGCAAUAUUUGGGCAAAUGGGGGCUUCUUGUUACAUUAAUAUAUUAGACUGGAAUCAAUAUCGAAAUGAAGGCAUCAUAAAAAUUAAACAAAGUGAAUUAACGACUGUUUGGUCUGCAAUGUUACAUCAUCAAUUCUUAAUUGCAAAUAAGGCUUGUACAUUUGAUAUCAUAUCUUCUUCUGCUCAUUUGAUAAGUUUAUUAGAGAAAUAAAAAAGAAAAAAAAAGGCUUUCUUUUUUAUUUAAUUAGAUAUUUCUUCUUCUUCUUUUUUAAUAGGUUCUUCCUCUUUUUUAUCCUCUUGUUCUUCAGCAGUAGCAGCAGCAGCAGCAGCAGCUGAUUCAGUAUUUUCUUCUUCUUUUUUCACUUUUAUACUAUCAGAUGCUUCCUCUUCUUCUUUUUGAUUUCCUCUUCUUUUAUAUUCAUCGUCUUUUUAUCUUCUACUCCCUUUCCAAAAUAGCGUUCAGAACAUUUGGUUAAUUGAUAUAUCCACAUCUCCAUUUCCAUAACUGAUUUAGCCCUCAAUACCCAUUUGCCACUCAAUCCGAAUACUAAACUCUGAUGCAAACCCAUAGGUUCUAAGCAAACGUUAUAAUGAGCCACAAAGAGACUAUGGGUUGGUUUCGCUGGGUAGGUUGCUUGU